AUGGCGGAAGCGAUCGACCUUGCCGGCGGUAGCAGCGGUCUCACUAACAAUUUGCUCGAUGAUAACAAUAGGAAAAAUGGUUCGGUACGGGUACAGAUCGUACCGUCGCAGCCGAAGACGCUCUCCCAUCUGCCGACCCGACCACCCGUUGAUCUGGCCUUCCACAAUCUUACGUACCGGGUCAAGGAAGGACGACGCAACAAUGUGAAGACGAUCCUGAAAGAGGUCAGUGGCAAGCUACGCUCGGGAGAGCUAACCGCCAUCAUGGGACCGUCCGGUGCUGGCAAGAGUACGCUGCUAAAUAUCCUUUCCGGCUACAAGACAACAAACAUCGAUGGCUCGAUAACGAUGAACGGCAAGGAACGCAACCUCAGCCAGUUCCGUAAACUCUCGGCCUACAUCAUGCAGGACAAUCAGCUGCACGCUAACUUGACGGUGGAGGAAGCGAUGAACGUGGCGGCUAGUCUGAAGCUGAGCCAAAAGGUGGAGAAGAGCGAGAAGCAGCAUGUGAUCAAGGAAAUUCUGGAAACACUCGGUCUGGAGGAACAUCGUCCGACAUUGACGCGAAACCUAUCCGGUGGCCAACAGAAGCGUCUCUCGAUCGCACUGGAGCUCGUAAACAAUCCACCGAUCAUGUUCUUCGACGAACCAACGUCGGGGCUGGACAGUUCGACCUGCUUCCAGUGCGUGAGCUUGCUAAAGUUCUUGGCCCGUGGUGGCCGCACGAUCAUCUGUACCAUCCAUCAACCGUCAGCCCGUUUGUUUGAGAUGUUCGAUCAGCUGUACACGUUGGCCGACGGACAGUGUGUGUAUCAGGGUAGUACGCGACAGCUGGUCCCGUUCCUGGGUACGCUCGAUCUGGAGUGUCCCUCGUAUCACAAUCCGGCCAGCUACGUUAUUGAGGUGUCGUGCGGUGAGCACGGAGAUCAUACGCGCAAGCUUGUCAACGCAAUCGAGAAUGGCAAGAAGGACAUUCGCAGCGAGCUCGAUUUCCCGGCACAGAAGAACAAGAAGAACGAAAAUGCGGCCAACGGAAACGCUAACCUGAAGGUGAACUACGAGCGCAUGAAUGGUGGUGCGAACAAGUACGCGGACAAUUUGAACCUCGGUGGAAACGGUCUGCUCCCACCGUCGAUGGUGAACGAUAUUGCGAAGGAGACGGAAACGAUCAAAAUCGCUGUUGAGCCGGACCGGGAGCCGGAGGUUAACAGUGCGCUGCUACCGGUAGAGGGUGCGGCUGACAUUGACCACUCACCUGAACGAUAUCCAACCUCGGAGUUCCACCAGUUUUGGGUUGUGUUGAAGCGGACGUUGCUUUUCAGCAGACGCGAUUGGACUCUCAUGUACUUGCGUUUGUUUGCUCACAUUCUGGUUGGGUUCCUGAUCGGCACACUGUACUACGACAUUGGUAACGACGGUGCUAAGGUGCUCAGUAAUCUUGGAUUCCUGUUCUUCAACAUGUUGUUCCUGAUGUACACGUCCAUGACAAUUACGAUUCUUUCAUUCCCUCUCGAGAUGCCGGUACUGUUGAAGGAGAACUUUAAUAGGUGGUAUUCAUUACGAUCGUAUUAUCUCGCCAUCACUGUCUCGGACAUACCAUUCCAGACAAUCUUCUGUGUGUUUUACGUCUCGAUCGUCUAUUACUUCACGUCUCAACCGCUGGAAUGGUUCCGGUUCGCGAUGUUCCUUGGCUCGUGUCUGCUGAUCUCGUUCGUGGCACAGAGUGUCGGUCUGGUUGUCGGUGCUGCCAUGAACGUCCAGAACGGUGUGUUCCUUGCCCCAGUUAUGUCCGUACCAUUCCUGCUGUUCUCCGGCUUCUUCGUAUCCUUCGACGCCAUUCCAAUCUAUCUACGGUGGAUCACAUACCUUUCCUACAUUCGCUACGGUUUCGAGGGUACGGCACUGGCCACUUACUCGUACGGUCGCGAAAAGCUCAAGUGCCACCAGGUGUACUGUCACUUCAAGUCACCCACGACCACGCUGGAGGAGCUGGACAUGUUGGAUGCCAACUUCACGCUCGACAUUGUUGCACUGAUCGUCAUCUUCAUUGUGUUGCGAGUUGCCGCCUUCCUGUUUCUGCGCUGGAAGUUGAAGACCACCAGAUAA